AACUCACACAAAGAAUUAAAUAAAAAUCGGAGUCGCCUGCUCACCGCAUGAGAACGCAUAAUAAGAUUUAAUUUAAGUGAAAUUUAAUAAUUUUUAGUGAAAAGCGUGUUAAUUAUUUGAUUCCAAUUAAAAAACUUUAAAAAAGUCCUUGUAGACCAAUUUGCUUUGCAAAAAUAAACGAAUUCAAAAGAUUUUGUACGAUAUAAGAUUAUUUGGUGAAGCAGAAAAGUACUCACGAUAGAAGUUGUGUAACACCAAGUUAUUUAAAUACAACAAAUAUAUUUAGUUCAAACAUUGAUUGAAAAUCAAAUAGAAUGGCGUUGGAAAAUGAUAAGAAUGCAACCAAAUCCGAUAAUAUUGGAUCAAGUGAUGUAGAUAAAAAAUCAAUGAACGGAAAAAACACUGGACUUAAGGGAGACACAAACGCAUCAAAGAAGAAGGGUAAAAAUGGCAAGAACGAAAAUAAAUCUGACGUAGUAGCUAAUGGACACGAUGAUGACAUUAAGAAUUCAAAAACUAAUGGUGCGGUAGAUUCUAAUGCAAAUGAUAUGGAAUCGGUGAGCGGCGAUGAUAAGAAGAAUGAAGAAGGCGUUGAUAUGAAAAAAGACACCACUAAAUCGGAAGCUGGUGAUGGUGGUGAAGAAAAUUACGAUGAGGACUUAGAUUUAGAUGCUUUACACGACAGUGGUAUAACUGUACACAUUCAAAGUCCUGGUGCUGAAUUGCUAUCUGUACAAUUGUCCAGUAUGGAACUUGUGCAAGAAAUUCACCAACUAUUAAUGGAUCGUGAAGAUACUUGUCAUCGUACUUGUUUCUCAUUACAAUUAGAUGGUGUUACCUUAGAUAAUUUCGCUGAACUAAAGACUAUUGAGGGUCUUAAAAACGGAUCAGUUAUCAAAGUUGUUGAGGAACCUUAUACUAUGAGGGAAGCGCGAAUUCAUGUCCGUCAUGUUCGUGAUUUAUUGAAGAGCAUGGACCCCGCUGAUGCCUACAAUGGCGUUGAAUGCAAUUCUUUAACAUUUUUACACACAAUUACGCAGGGUGAUUUAUUAGAAAAGAAGAAAUCUCGCCCAGAUUCUGUUGACUGUACACCAGCUGAAUAUAUAAUGCCAGGUGUUAAGGAGGCUCCUUUAACACCACUACAGCCUGGUGUUAAUAAGAAUUCCAAGGGACCUCAAGCUCUGAAGGUCCUUACUACCUCCGCCUGGAAUCCUCCACCUGGUCCCCGGAAGUUACAUGGCGAUCUUAUGUAUUUGUAUGUUGUUACUAUGGAGGAUAAACGUUUCCAUAUUUCUGCAUGUCCCAAAGGAUUUUACAUUAAUCAAUCCACAGAUGAUGUAUUUAAUCCAAAACCAGACAAUCCUAGUCAUCUUAGUCACUCGCUGAUUGAUUUGCUGUCUCAAAUUUCACCUUCUUUCAAACGCGCCUUCCAGCAAAUGCAGAAGAAACGCACCUUGCGUCACGCAUUUGAACGUGUUGCCACUCCUUACCAAGUCUAUCAAUGGACUGCUCCUCAAUUGGAACAUACAAUUGAUGCAAUUCGUGCUGAGGAUGCCUUCUCAUCGAAAUUGGGCUACGAAGAACACAUUCCCGGUCAGACUCGUGAUUGGAAUGAAGAACUACAAACAACACGGGAACUACCCAGAAAAACUUUGCCAGAACGUUUAUUACGUGAAAGAGCGAUUUUCAAAGUUCACGGUGACUUUGUCAUUGCAGCCACAAGAGGAGCUAUGGCAGUAAUCGAUGGUAAUGUUUUAGCCAUUAAUCCUGGAGAGGAUCCAAAGAUGCAAAUGUUUAUUUGGAAUAACAUAUUCUUUUCGCUUGGAUUUGAUGUGCGUGAUCAUUACAAGGAGUUGGGAGGAGAUGUCGCUGCUUUUGUUGCACCACGUAACGAUUUGCAUGGUGUACGUGUUUACAGUGCGGUCGACAUUGAGGGACUGUAUACUUUAGGGACAGUAGUAGUUGAUUAUCGUGGUUAUCGCGUUACAGCUCAAUCUAUAAUUCCUGGUAUUCUGGAACGCGAGCAAGAGCAAUCUGUUGUGUACGGAAGUAUUGAUUUUGGCAAAACCGUAUUGUCUCAUCCUAAAUAUUUAGAAUUACUGCGCAAGGCUGGUAAACAUUUAAAAAUUUUACCACACUCCGUUAUUAAUGAACGUGAUGAACCAGUCGAGUUGUGCUCCUCGGUUGAGUGUAAGGGUAUAAUAGGCAAUGAUGGCCGUCAUUACAUUUUGGAUUUGUUGCGCACCUUCCCACCAGAUGUCAAUUUCUUAAAGCUCGACAUUGAACUCAGCCCUGAAUUGAAAGCAAUGGGCUUCCCAAUUGAACAUAAGCACAAGUUGUCGUGCUUACGACAGGAACUAUUGGAGGCUUUCAUUGAGGACCGUUAUGUUAGUUUCAUUCGAAAUGCAGCUCAACAUUUGCAGCAGCUGAAUGCCAAUAAGAAAUCCGAUGAAAACAAUGCUGCAGCAGCAAUUACAGAAAAGGGCGAAGAAGAGACAAAGGAACCCUCAAAGGAUGAGGGUGAGAAUAAAAAAUCUGAAGACGAUAAAAAGACUUCUGAUGCUCUCGAACAUGCGUUUGAUGCCAUCAAGGAUGCACAAACAAACGUUGCUACAGCAGAUGAAAAACAGGCUGCAGAAGUUGUUAAACGUGCUUGUGCUGCUGUUGGAUCCCUUAAAGAAAAGGAGUUUGACUUCCGUUUCAAUCCCGAUGUAUUCUCUCCCGGCAUACGUCACGUUGAUGAUCCCAAUGGACCAAAUUCGCUAGCUAAACAGAAGAAACUGGUACAAGAAGCUGCAGAGUUUUUGGUUUUAAAACAAAUUCCUGGUUUUAUAAAGGAACAUAUGAAUCACACAUCGCCACCUAUGGAUGGCACUAGCAUUACUGAAAUUUUACACAGCCAUGGCAUCAAUGUUCGCUAUUUGGGCAAGGUCAUUACUAUGCUCGCCCAAGUUCCCCGCAUGGAUUAUUUGCACAGGAUAACAGUGUUGGAAUUGAUUGUACGUGCAACAAAACAUAUUUACUACGCCUAUAUGCAAAAUACGGAUGCCAUGCAUUUAUCUGCUGCCAUUAGCCACUUUUUGAAUUGUUUCCUUUCGUCGGGCCCUGUCAAUGCUAAUACUUCAUCCGAUGAGUUGCAAAAGGCCAAUAACAACAACAAUAAGCGCGGCAAGAACAAGAAUAAGAAUGGUGGUAAAAAUAAUCAGAAAAAUGGUGCACAAGUAGGAAAUGAAAACAACGACUGGGCUCUUAUGACACCAAAGUCUUUGUGGCAACAGAUUAAGAAGGAAUCUAAAUCAUAUUGGGAUUAUGAGUUAGGGUGCGAUUCAAUUGAGAGUGCCGUCGAAAAGUUCGGAUUCCAACGUGUGAGCAUUUUACGUGCCUUUUGUCUAAAAGUUGGCAUUCAGAUCUUGCUGCGUGAAUACAACUUUGAAUCGCGUAACAAGCCUACCUUCGGUGAGGAAGAUAUUCUAAAUGUCUUCCCGAUCGUUAAGCACAUUAGUCCGCGGGCUUCGGACGCAUAUAACUUCUAUACUACUGGUCAAUCUAAGAUUCAGCAGGGCUUAUUCAAGGAAGGCUACGAACUUAUAAGUGAAGCCUUGAAUUUGUUGAACAAUGUUUUUGGCGCUAUGCACUUUGAAAAUGGCUCUUGUCUCAGAAUGUUGGCACGUCUCAGCUAUUUGCUUGGCGAUGCACAGGAAGCCUUGGCCAUUCAACAGCGUGCGGUAAUUAUGAGCGAACGGGUCAAUGGUAUCGAUCAUCCAUGCACUAUUUUAGAAUAUACUCAUCUAUCACUUUACUGUUUCGCAAAUGGACAAAUCAGUACAUCUUUGAAGUUGUUGUAUCGCGCAAGAUACUUAAUGGUGCUCAUUUGUGGGGAAGAUCAUCCUGAAGUGGCUUUGAUUGAUAGUAACAUCAGUUUAAUUUUACACGCUGUUGGUGAAUAUGAAUUGUCCCUUCGUUUUAUUGAACAUGCAUUGAAAUUGAAUUUGAAAUACUUUGGCAACAAAUCAAUGAAUGUUGCAGUGAGUUAUCAUUUAGUAGCACGAACCCAAUCCUGCAUGGGAGACUUCCGCUCUGCUUUAAACAAUGAAAAAGAAACCUAUUCCAUCUACAAAUCCCAAUUGGGUGAAACUCAUGAAAAGACCCGCGAAUCUGCCGAGUGCCUUCGUUUGCUUACCCAACAAGCUGUUCUCUUGCAACGUAAAAUGAACGACAUUUAUUCGAAUGGAAAACUAACAACUGGAUUGCCUCCCAUUCACAUUCAACCACCUACAAUGGGUUCUGUAUUAGAUAUGCUGAAUACAAUAAACGGUAUUCUAUUUGUCCAAAUCAGUCAAAAAGAUAUUGCCAAAGUUAAAACUGAAAUUGAAAAGCAUUUGAAAACUACAAAUGAAGUAAACGAAACAACAGAAACACUUAAAAAACUGGCCAUUAACAAUAGUACGGAUGAGACUGAAGUAGCUAAAUCAGAGCAACAGACCAAUGGCAACGAACCUUCAUCCAGCAGCUGCAAUGGAAACAACGCUACUACAACAAGUUGAAUUCAAUCUUUAAAUCCAAAAAACACCAACUAAUCAUUUAACAAAAUAUCUGAAAAACACUAAUUAUGUAGAAAUAAUCGGCAAUUGGAUUAAACGAGAGGAAGCAGCAGCUUUGUGUGUGAUUGUGAUCGCAUACAAACACAAAAAAAUUAAGUACCAUUGUUAGACAACUUCAUUAUGUUUUUUGUUAUCAUCAUCGCCAUUUUAUUUGAUACAGUUUUCAUUUUCUAUUUCUUUAUAUGGAAAACUACAAUUAAAAAUAAUAAGAGCUUAUUGCUCUUACUUACUAUGUUAUAGAUCCCUAUUUAAAAGUUAUUAACUUUUGAAUAUAAUCAUCUUGUUUUCAUUUUUAUAUUAUUAUAAUUAUAAUCACUGUUAUUUUUAGCUUUUUUUUUAGAUUUAAUAUUGAAAACAUCGCAAUUUGUUGAACAAAAUUAAAUUAAACAAUAAAUAGAAUAAACUGAACACAUUAAUAUUUAAUAAAACAUAGAAAAGAGAGUAUAAUGUUGUUCGCGUACUUCUAUGUUUAAGGUAUUUCAAAAUUUUUUAUACUUUGAAAUUAAAAAAAAAAUAAAUAAAAAUAGAAAUUAGUUUAUUAUUACUAUCCAAUGAAAUAAACACUUACACACAUUUAUAUUUGUAUGUAGUUUUUGAUAAAAAUAAAUCGACAUAUACAUA